CGCCGCAUACACACUGCACGCCACGCACUUUGGCUUGCUUUGGCUUUGGGCUGGUUUCAGGCUCUACCUCACCUCUACAUCUACAUCUACAUCUACAUCUACACCUACCAUACAACAUACAACACAACACAGUUCUACUAUACAGCUCAGUUGUGUUUUAUUAAAAGUAAACUCGUUACAACGUUCUAUCCGAUACUCUCCAACACCUGCGCAUUGAUACCUUAGGUAACGCACCAGCACCAGACAAGAGUUUCUCCGAGUAUCGCCUUUGCUGUUGUUCACUGUUGUUGACUGUUCACUACUCAGCACAUAACACAGCUCCAUAGCAUCCAUUAAUUAAUUAAUUAAUAUUUAUCAAUCUCAAAUGAAUUCUAAAAACCUACGGACUAGAAAUUACAAACAAAUAGUGUUUAUUCCUUUACUGUAUUUAAUUAUUAAAAAUAAAGAGUUUGUUCUCGAGUCUCGAGGGAGUAUGCCGUUUAUCAAGUGGGCGGAGCGCCUCCUGUAGGCUCCCCAAUCCUAAGCCUGAUAACCCGUACAUUUUGAUAGUACUGUAAUAUAACAGUAGAAGAGUGAAGAGUUUCAUUUGGUCGUCGUCGACCUCGUCGGGGUAGUGACUUGACAGAAUAGUGGCAUGCGUCGAUUAAUCUAUGGCAGAUCAACAAGAUCAGUCGUCACUCGGGGGGUCUGUAGAGAAGGCUAGUGCUUCAGCAGACGCCUCUAAGUUAAGGGGGAAAAAUAGCUCGGCUGGUUCGAGAAAGCGACAGGGAACUACCACCGUUGUUGCUACACUAGGAGAGAAACGUCGUAAGCAACAGCAGCAGCAGCAACACCAGACCGAUUCACAACCCUCACAAGCUUGUGCUAUCCCCGUUCAUCGGCGCUCAAUCGAUUUAUCCAAAGGAGAAAGUAAAGCCAAAGGAGAUCGUAAAAACCAUGGAGGUGGUGUAGGAUUAGUUACUGACACGGAUAAACAAAAAGCACAUAGUUCUAAUAGCAACAGUAAUUUUGGAAGAAAAUCUGCUGUCAAAAGCACCGUAUUUGAACUUAAUUCAGCGCCCAUCGAUUGCGUGGCUUCCCGGACUCGGUCUCGUGUUCCUCAAGUCCCACAGAUUAUUCAAACCUCAAAUAAUUUUCAAGCAUCACUGACCAGCAUUUACAAUAAUAUUUACAAUAAUAAAAAAUCUUCCACUGCGCUGCCAAAUUUAACAGCAUCAUCGAGCAAUUCCUUCAUCAGUCAUCCGUCGACGUCUCGUGGACGAGACUUUUUGACCCAAAUAUUUUUAGGUUCAAAAUUGCAAACUGUUGGAGGUAAUUACGCAAACGGUGGAACGGGUAGUCAAGUUUUGGGUGUCAAGUCCAGCAUCAGAGUGGGUAACGCAGCUAGCAACUCUGUGGAGAGCGGAGGGGGGGCGUUGGCACAUGACGGGGCAGGCACAAGUGGCGUUACAACGUCCACUGGCAGCAACCCCCCGGUGUCUGCCUCCGCGAGUGCCAGCCUUGCGCACCAUCACCCAACGCACAAACAUUUGUUACGUUCACGAGUUAAAUUAUCUAGCGAGCAGUCUAAAGAAGCCCAAGUAUCAGCUAGCAAUACUGGAGCUAAUAAGUCACUGAGUAAGCAUCAUAAAAAAGACGGUACAACGGGAGGAUCCUGCUCAAGCUCACGGCAUCGUUCCCAGUCACGUGCUAGAAAAUCUGCUGGAGAAAGUAGUACUUCGACUGCUGCUAUUGCCGCUGCUGCUGCUAGUGCACUUGUUAUGUCUACGAGUGACUCAUUGACUAACAGCACCGCGAUACCAACAUCUGCGUCUGCCUCCGGAGGACAGUUGAAUCCUUCUGUGCCUGAAGAGGAGUCAAGUGCAGCCAGUGCGACUCCCGCAGCACCAAGUGGUGGACCUUCUGGAAUGUCCGGAACCACUGGAGACAGUGAAAGUGAUGAUGGAGAAGUUGGCCGGCUCCAGGCGUUACUUGAAGCACGUGGACUGCCUCCUCAUGUCUUUGGAGCUCUGGGUCCACGUAUGCAGCAUCUGCUCAACCGCAGCAUGGGUGCCAGCUCAGCUGCCAAAGCGCAGCAGCUUCUACCUGGAUUACAAGCCGUUGAUGACGAAGGCGAGCAGCUGCAAGCUGUGAUAGGAAUGGGUGAAAUCCUUGUCAUGGGAAAUGAAGACACUCUCACUGGUUUUCCGGUCAAACAAGUUGUUGCAGCCUUAAUAAACUUGCUUGGAAUUGAACAUAAUUUUGUAAUUAUGACCCAUGCUUGUAGAGCUCUUACUUACAUGAUGGAAGCAUUGCCGAGGUCAUCGACAGUAGUAGUCGACGCAGUCCCGGUUUUUCUUCAGAAGCUAGAGUCUAUCGAGUGUAUGGACGUCGCUGAACAAUGCCUCACGGCUCUUGCUAUGCUGUCACGCCGACACAGUAAAACAAUUCUUCACGCUGGUGGUGUCUCAGCUUGCUUGAAAUUCGUCGACUUUUUCAACAUUACGGCUCAACGUGCUGCCCUUACAAUCACUGCUAACUGUUGUCAGAAUCUUCAUCCAGAUGAUUUUCACUUGGUCAGUGAUAGCCUAACUCUGCUCACUACUAGACUGACCAAUCAGGACAAGAAAAGUGUCGAGUGUGUUUGUCAAGCUUUCAGCAGAUUAGUUGAUAGUUUUCAACACGAUCCUGUGAUGUUACAUAAAAUUGUUACACCCGAGCUCUUGCAGAAUUUACAGCAACUGCUUAUGAUUACACCGCCAGUAAAUAGUAUUGGCAACUUCAUAACUGUUUUACGAAUGCUCUCUGUGAUAUCAAAUCGCUGUCCUGAUUUGGCGCAGCUGCUUCUUCAACAAAAUAUUGCGUUAACGUUGAGUUAUCUAUUGACUGGAUCUCUGGAAGUUAAAACAGAAGACGUUGAAUUAGUAACAAGAUCGCCUCAGGAGUGGUUUGAAAUAACUUGUCUGAUUGAGGAAUUAAUGCCUCCAUUGCCAACAGACGGUAUAUUUAGUGUAAAUAAUUUACUUGAAAGAACAACAAGUCACCAAGAAACUGUUCAUUGGGAAUGGCGUGACGAAAGACACUGUUGUCAUCCAUUUAGCACUAUUGAUUCUCGAAUUAUAGAGAUGGCUUUUCAAAAUGGAGAAGACGAAAUUUGCCUUUCAACAUUGGGUAGAACAUACACUAUUGAUUUAACUACGAUGAAACAAAUAAACGAAGACAUUGGAAUGGCUCGCAGUAUAUACCGUCGUGUAAUGACUGAUCCUGCCGAGAACAAGAGCCCUACUUGUUCAUCAAGCAUGGAUGUUGUACCGCCGGUGAUUGAGACAAACGAGUGGCUGGUAUCUUUCAUCAGAACAUUGUUUUCCGUUUUGUACGAGGUCUACAGCAGUUCUGCUGGUCCUGCUGUAAAAUGUAAAUGUCUCCGUGCUCUUUUACGCAUGGUCUACUACGCGUCUACUGAUCUUCUUAAAGACGUACUCAAGAAUCAAGUUGUAUCCUCUCACAUUGCUGGGAUGUUAGCUUCACAAGACCUCAGAAUAGUUAUCGGUGCGCUUCAGAUGGGGAGCAUUCUAAUGAAACGAUUGCCUCAAGUAUUUGGUGUACACUUCCACAGAGAAGGAGUUUUACAUCAAAUUAGACAGUUAGCUGAUCCUGAGGUUCCUCUUGGCGUAUCACCACCCAAGUGCCCUUCUGGUACAUCAUUACCAAGUCCACAACCGGGUCCAUCAAACACACCAAUUUCAUCAACAAUGACUUUAUCUUCAAGCAGUGCAAUGUCCCCAGUCGCAUCGCCCACGACUAAUGGAAAUAUUUUAUUCGGGUCUAUUGCAACAAGUCAACUUAAACCAACUAUUGCUUCACCGAUGGAAACCCGAAGCAAAAGUGAUUUAAAUACUAAUGCUGAAGAAGCAAACACACCACAAAGUGCUCAUUUGUUUGGAGAUGUACUGAAACGAAAACGACAAAAUAAAAAAGGUAGAUUUUCUCGUUUGGGAAACACAACAACCCCACAACAAACUCAACAACCAGAUUCAUUAUUUACUGGAUUUACGCAAAAAAAUAAUAGAUUUUUGGGUAACUUAAAUCCCGCAAGAUGGGGAAGAAAAUCAUCAGGCUCAAGUGGUUCUGGUGAAAAAAGAGAUUCAACAUCAUCAGCAAGCCUUACUAAACCGCCAAGCAAUCCAAAUUUAACUGGCGGUAAUCGAGAUAAAGCUAAAGCAUGGGUACGCGAACAAGCGUCAAAUUUCCUAGCUAGGUAUCAAGACGAUGCACCGUGUACACAUCCAGCGCUUACGGUACUUUCACGUCUUACCGCUGCAAUCCAACGCUUACAAUCAAACGAACUGGAUGAAAUGUUAUCAGCGUUAACAGAAUUACGUGAUAUUGUGCUUGAAAGUGAUAUUUCACCGUUUGAAAUGAAUUACAGUGGCCUAAUAAAGGCAUUAUUAAAUUACCUGACAACAACCGACGCACCGGGUAAUCGUUACGACAGACUGCGAAUGUUUUGGAAAUUAUUUGCCGAGUCAACAAUGCAACAGGAUGGCAUUAACAUCGUUGAAGUUAAUCCCGGAGCAUUUGGUGCUUUAGUACAUAAAUUAAAUAGUUGCGUAGCACAGUUGGAACAAUUUCCCGUAAAAGUCCACGAUUUACCAGCUGGCUCGGGAGCCGGUCGCGGAGGUACCAGUGCCCUUAAAUUUUUCAAUACCCAUCAAUUGAAAUGUAAUUUACAACGUCACCCAGAUUGUAAUAAUUUAAAACAGUGGAAAGGCGGCACAGUUAAAAUAGACCCUCUUGCAUUAGUCCAAGCUAUUGAACGUUAUCUGAUGGUACGUGGAUACGGGAGAAUUCGUGACGCUGAGUCGAUGGUCAGUGACGAUGAAAACAGCGAAGAGGAUAUCGAUGAUACCUUGGCGGCUGUUGUUAUAAGCCAAGGAUCUAAGCACAAGCUUCAAUUUUUAAUUGGAGAUGAAAUCCUGCCAUUUAAUAUGACUGUUUAUCAAGCUGUCAGACAAUUUAGCUGCCCGGGAAUGGAUCACUCAGAGGCUGAGACUGACAGUGAACCCCCGCUAGGUCACGACGCUGUUUGGGUUCAAACUCACACUAUUUACUACCGACCAGUACCCGAAGAAGAAGUUUCUGCCUCGCCUAAACCGGGCUCUAGCUCUCAAGGUACUUCUAGCAGAAAAGGUAAAGGUAAAAGUACAAAAAUUAGUUCUAAAAGAAAAGAAGAUAGUUUUUGGCUCGAAGGUGUCAUACCACCACCCAAGUGUCCUCUGGCUCCGUAUUUGUCGCCAGCAUUGCCGUCAGUAACUAUUUCUGACGCUUCUCUAGACGGUUUGUGUUUAUUACGACUUCUUCAUGCGUUGAACCGUCACUGGGGUGUCCUGUUUCCCCAUUUAAAGAGCCCAGCUCUGCUGUCUUCUCAAGAUUUUAUAAAUACUAAAAUAGCGGCUAAAGCUAAUAGACAAUUACAAGAUCCACUAGUUAUUAUGACGGGUAAUUUGCCCUCUUGGUUGCAACAAAUAGCAACAGUAUGUCCGUUCUUAUUUCCAUUUGAAACGAGACAAUUGCUGUUGUACGCAACGUCCUUUGAUCGUGACCGUGCUCUGCAGAGACUUCUUGAUUCAGCGCCUGAAUUAUCUGGCUCAGACAGUCAAGAACGCGUUACACCACGCUUAGAAAGACGCAAACGCACUAUUUCACGAACGGAUAUUUUGAAACAAGCUGAACAAGUUAUCCAAGAUUUAGCCUCAAGCAAAGCUCUACUAGAAGUGCAAUAUAUUAAUGAAGUUGGUACUGGAUUAGGUCCAACACUUGAAUUUUAUGCUCUAGUUUCUCGCGAAUUACAACGCGCUGAUUUAGAUCUGUGGCACGGUUCUUCAAAUCCCGAUGCCACGGGUUAUGUUAAUGGAACUAAAGGAUUGUUUACUAAGCCAGUGCCCUGGAAUACUAAAAUUCCGCAUUUAGCUAAACUUAAAGCUAAAUUUAAAUUCUUAGGAAAGUUUAUGGCAAAAGCGAUCUAUGAUUCGCGUAUGAUUGAUAUGCCAUUUAGCUUGACAUUCUAUCGUUGGUUAUUGGGAGAAGAACACACACUUACACUUGCCGACUUGGCCUAUGUAUGUCCAGAUGUUCAUCGUACCCUCAGCAAACUUCAGGAAGUCGUAAGACGAAAAGAAGCCAUCGAAAGAGACCAAACUUUAAGACCACACGAAAAGGCUCAAUUGAUUGAGUCACUUGAUCUAGACAAUUGUACUAUAGCUAAUCUAAGUUUAGUCUACGAGUUACCGGGUUAUGAAAACAUUGAAUUGAGAAAAGGCGGAAGUGAAAUUUCCGUUACUAUUCACAAUUUGGAUCAAUAUAUUAAGCUUGUGGUUCAUUGGUUCCUCAGUGAGGGCGUUUCGAGACAAAUGGAGGCAUUCCGAGAAGGUUUUGAGUCGGUAUUUCCUACGAGUCAGCUAAGAUUGUUCUUCCCGGAAGAGCUCGAAGCAGUAUUUUGCGGUCAUGGACAAAGUGGCGGCCAGUGGGAUGUUAAAAUUCUUAUGGAAUGCUGUCGAACUGAUCAUGGUUACACACCGGAGUCACGUGCAAUUAGAUUUUUGUUUGAAGUUAUGUCGGAGUAUAAUAGCGAAGAGCAGAGACAAUUUAUACAAUUUGUUACGGGAUCUCCUCGUUUGCCCGUUGGUGGUUUUAAGAGCUUAACUCCACCAUUGACAAUAGUACGAAAAACAUUCGACGCUUCAAUGAAAACCGAUGAUUUUCUGCCUUCAGUAAUGACGUGUGUUAAUUACCUUAAAUUGCCGGAUUAUACAACUUUAGAAAUAAUGAGAGAAAAGUUGCGGAUAGCUGCGCAAGAAGGCCAACACUCUUUUCAUCUGUCCUAGAAAUUCAUUUUUAAUAAUAUUUGUAUCCCUUUAUGUUCUAGGAUAGGGACCAUAAAACAUUUUUCGCAAAGCCAACGUAAUAUAUAAUUAACAAAAACAAAACAUAAAAUUAAUAUUUAAUUUAAAUAAAAAUUUAAAAAUAACGUCUCUUACAACACCAUCAAUAUUAAAAAUUGUAUUUUUUUUUUUUUUUUUUAAUUAUUUUAAAUGACUUUCUUUUUUUAUGAGCUCGAAUUUUAAUAAAUUUAAAUUUAAUAUAAGUUUGAUCUUACAUAUAAGUCUCGUUAAUUUAUAUCUAUAAAAAAAACAAAAAAAAAAAAAAAACAAAAAAAACAACAAUAACGAUUUAAUUGAUAGUAUAAAAUUUAAUCGCGCGACAGAAUUGCCGGAUACAAAGAAGUGUUUAAGUAAAUUAAAAGCAAUGUCUUCAACGUAUUAUAACUGAGAUAAAGCAAACAUAAAGUAAAUAAUAAUAAUAAAAAAAAUCAUUAAGAAACAUGUGGAGACAAGGAGUUGUAAAUAUUAAUAAUAGUUAUUUCAGCAUAGUUUGAUAUACGCAAACAAAUAAAUACUUCAUCAUACAGCCACGAAGCACUGAUACUAUUGGAAUUAUUAAAAAUAAAUACAUGUGAGGACGAUUAAUUCACAUUUGUGAAGUCAAGUUUUAUAUCAGUGGUGCACUUCGGUCACCGUGCAUCGCCAAUGCUCGUGUUUUAAUUUUAAAACAUGAGAACAUAUAAAAAUAAUUUAAAAAAAAAAAUUAAAAAAAUUCAGUUAAUAAUGUGCGAUAAGGCAUAACUUGUAGGUAUAAGAAAUGAACGUCCCUUGAAGAUAGAUGAAAAG